GCGAGGGAGAGAGCUAGCGAGAGCUGGAUUUUCCCAUUCUUAGAUGGUCCGGAGGCGGCGGCGGUGCGGCGCGGCAUUGGUAGUGAUCCCAGCGAAUGGCGAGCUUGAUCGAGGGGCUCCCGGAUGCGAUUGCAAUGCAGUGCCUGGCGCGGGCGCCGCUAGGGAUGCACAGGGCAAUGCGGGCGGUGUGCCGGUCGUGGCGCGCGGCGCUGCGCAACGGCGGCGGCGGCAGUGGUGGCGCCGAGCUCUUCCGGGUAAGGUCCGCGGCGGGGCUGCGCGAGGAGUGGCUCUUCGUCACAUCCUUCGAGCCCGACCGCGUGUGGGAGGCCUACGAUCCAUCCGGCGGCCACUGGCACACGCUGCCACUCUUCCCCUCCUCCAUUGCGCGCCUCUCCAACUUCGGCACCGCCGCGCUCCACCGCCAGCUCUUCGUCGUCGGCGGCGGCAGCGACGAGGUGGAUCACGCCACCGGCGAGCGCGACCGCCCCUUCGCCAGCGCCGCCGUGUGGUGCUUCGACGCGCUCCAGGGGCGAUGGGAGGCGCGAUCGCCCAUGCUCACGCCCAGGUCCCAGUUCGCCUGCGCGGCGGUGGCGGGCAAGAUCAUCGUGGCGGGGGGAUUCGGCUGCUCGCGCCGCCCGCUCGCCUCGGCGGAGAUCUACGAUCCGGAGGCCGACCGCUGGGACGCCAUCGCGGACGUGGGCGAGGUCCACAACGCGGCGUGCUCGGGGCUUGUUCUUGGCGGCGCCAUGGCGCUGCUGUACAAGGGCCACUCGCUCGUCCAGCUCUACGAUCCGGCGCUGGAUUCGUGGACGCUGCAUGGGUCGCAGUGGCGGGAGUUCCCGGGGAGAUUGGCGGUGGUGGGCGAUGAGGUUUGCGGGGUGGCGAGCUCCUACUUGAUCCGGGGCUUGAACGAGCCGCAGCUAUGGCGGCACUGGGCCGAGUACUUCCACAGGAUAGGGUUUGGGGUGGCGGGGAUUGGAAACGACUUGUACGUGGUUGGGGGGAUCUUGGGGCCGCAGCAGGAGAGCAUGAGGAUUCACGUAUUGAAGGAGGUGGAUAUCUGGAGCGUGGAGGGUGGCGAAUUCGAGAAGAAGGGGACGACGAGCAUGACUUGGUGCUCCGGGACGGUGUUGGGCUGCGCGGUUGUGAGCCUGUGAUCGGUCGAUCGAUCGGUCUCUUGAUUCUUCGUCUCUGGGCUUUGGAGAGAUUGAUUGAUCGUGUAGUAGCAUAGCAGCAAAACUCGAUCUUUCAUAUCCAGAGCUCCACUUGGAUCUUAAAGGUAAACAAUGGGAGAGGUUCUCAAAAACCCUAAAAGCAUUCUUACUCCAUAUCUUAAAGGUAAACAAUGUGAGAUCCUCAAGAACCCUAAACGCAGAGGAAUAUGCCCCGUCCAGGCAAGUGGGGACAAGAUAUAUCCACGUUGUCCUCACACCGAGAGGGAUUUUGCCUCUCGAAAGCGUUGUUACUUUUUAAUCGUUGCGCUCUGCCACAACAACAACAACAACAACAAAACUUUAUUCUCAUUUUCCUUCUCCUCUUUUGGGGCUCUCUCUCCUCUCUCUCUCUCUCUCUCUCAUCGUUGCGCCAUUGCCAUAUCACCACGUCGGAGAGCGAUGGUAAGUCUCUUCUAACUUCUCCUUCUUCCCCGUGUCCAUCCAUCCACACUCUUUCCCUUUCUUCUCUCCUCUUUAAUUUUCUUCUCUCCUCGCGCAUCCAUUGCCGCGGGCGCCGCUGGUAGGGAGGAGGCGCCGCUAGUGUCACCAAUCUUUUAGUCAUGCUGAUGUCGCCCACGCUAGUCCUCGCCAGGUCUCCCCUGUUCUUCCUCCCCCGCCCGCUACUAGCUCCAAUCUCCAUCUCCAUCGUCGCGCUUCUCCUCGGGGGAGGAGCGCGUCCGUGCUGGGCCACGAUUCCUUGCAGCCCCACCGUCCAGUGCCCCCAGAACUGCUGCUGUGGAGUGAAUGGCUACUGCGGGACCGGGGAUGGAUACUGUGGCGCCGGGAAUUGCCUGAGCCAGUGCCCCAAGAGCCCAUCUCCGCCCAAUCCUCCGCCGCAAGCACAAGCGCCGCCGGUGCCCCCCUCCUCCUCCGCCAAUUACCCGCCGCCGACGUCGUGGGGAUCCUCCGGGGCUAACCGCUACGCUCCUCCGCCUCCGCAGUACUUCUACGCUGGCGGCUCCGGCUCCAACAUUGCCGAUCUAGAGUACCACGACAUCCAUCACCACCACUACUACGUCGACAAUGUGUGGAGAAUUGUGGGGAUCGCGUGUGGCAUCGCGGCGCUGGUGCUCAUCGCCGCGUUCCUCAUCGUCUUGCUGGCCAGAUCUGCCAAGCGUCGCAAGAAUGCGUGUGAUUGCGAUGGCGAUCACUGAUCAUGGUAAUCCGGUGGGGGGAUAGAUCUACAUCGGAUCGCCCAUCUGGACGCGCUUGCGAGGAAUCGUCCUUGACCAUUCUCUUCUUCGGGGGGAAUUCUAGCGAAAUUUUAGAGCUCUAGUUUUUCGGGGGAGGGCCAUUGUCCUAAUAAUGUUCUGACUCUAGCUCUAGUGGUACCAUUGUUUUUGGUAACAAUCUGAUCUCAUGGGGUGGGUAA